AUGUCGGUGUCGGGGGAUCUCCCCUUGUCGCUGCUGAAGACGGCCCAGAAUCACCCUAUGCUCGUGGAGCUGAAGAAUGGGGAGACGUACAACGGGCACCUGGUGAGCUGUGACAACUGGAUGAACAUCAACCUGCGGGAGGUCAUCUGCACGUCCCGGGAUGGGGACAAGUUCUGGCGAAUGCCCGAGUGCUACAUCCGCGGCAGCACUAUCAAGUACCUGCGCAUCCCUGAUGAGAUCAUUGACAUGGUCAAGGACGAGGUGGUGGCCAAGGGCCGAGGGCGUGGUGGCCUGCAGCAGCAGAAGCAGCAGAAAGGCCGUGGCAUGGGGGGCGCUGGGCGAGGUGUGUUUGGUGGCCGUGGCCGUGGCGGGAUCCCAGGCACUGGCAGGGGCCAGCAGGAGAAGAAGCCAGGCCGACAGGCAGGCAAGCAGUGA